AUGCCUCCCCCGCACGCCCUGCUCAGCUCGCCGCUGCACCGCAUCCCGACUCUGUGGUCCCUCGUGCGCCCGCUCCUCCGCGCAGCCCGCACCGCCCCGCUCCCUCCGCCUCACCGCGACGCCCUCGCCAACCACGUCCGCGCCCACUUUCGCCUCCACCGCAACCUCGGCAACGUCGAACGCGUCAGGCGCAAGCUCGUCGACGCACAACAG